UGCAAUUCCGAGUUCGAUAAAAGCGGUGGAGGAUUUGAAUAGAGCGCUGGAGUUGAGAGAGCCGCAUGAUAGGACUUUUUCGUUGGCUAGCAGGGGAGCGGCAUACUUUAGAUUAGAGAGAUUCGAUGAAGCAUUAAGCGAUCUGAACGACGCUUUAAAAUUGGAUCCCAUGGACGAUUUUGCUAGAGUAACUAGAGUGAAGGUGUAUAUGGCAAUGAAUAGACAGGACGAGGCAAGAAAGGAGCUAGAGAGAUUAUACGAGGAUGGUUCUGCAAGCCGGCAUUGA